CUGGUACUGUUUUACAUAUCAGUUACACAUUCUAACGUGUUUGUAUUGCUGUGGUUUCACGCCGGUCAAACAAGUGCGCAUGCGCGUUUACGUCUGCGUCAGUAACGGCAUGGAUUCAGAGGGUUCUGCAGCAGACGUAAACAAUACCCCUGCAGAGAUGAUCUGCCAGCGGCAUGGACAAAAUAUGCAUGAUUCAGAGGCUUGCAGACUGUACACAGAUCCUGACAAUGAUGGAAGACCAAUUAGUAACACUCAGGAUUCAAGCGUGCAUCCACUCAUAGACAGAUCUGAGACUUUACAACUAGAGUUUCAGGAUAGCCAGGUGUCACCUGCACUUACCCUGCUUCCCUGCCUGGACCAGUCUCACCUUCUUUCUGACUCCACAUUUUCUCAGCAUACAGAUGCAGAAUUUGCCCCUCUUCGGGGAUUUCCUGACUUCUCAGUUAUGUCUGAGAGAUGCCCCAGGACUUCAAAUGUAGCUGUAACUGAUGAUUCUCACCUCCAAAAUACUAUUCAUGACCAGGCUGCACUUUCCCAGCACCCGUUGGAGGUACCAACAGCCCUGUCAGAAGGUGAAAAAAGCUGCUUUUCACUGUCCCAGCACAGCCUGUCACCUGGAGACCAUUCCAAAGGGCUUGAGGACCACAAGAGUGUUUCAUAUGGUGCUGAGGAAAAAAUCAACAGACAUAUGGAAGGAGAGUUGUACCUCUUAAAUUUGGGUAUCGACCAAUCACCUUCAACAAUCUUAAAUCCAUUUACUCGUCGAGGACCAAUCAGAGAGCCUGAAUUCUCUCCUACUGACUUGUGUUCCAUCAAAAGCUCUAUUGGAACACCAACUAAAAGCACACAGCCGUCUGAAGUUGACAGUCUUCAGAAGGAGACAUUCUCCAGUUCUAGUCAGCUCUCAGCUGACUCCAGUGCUUCUGUCACACACCGAUUGUCAGUGCAUGAGCAAGGCCAACGAGCCAGUGACAGAUCUGUGAAGAAGAUAAUCAGCCAGGCGGAUACUCCACCAAGACUUCAUUCAACUUUACAUCCUUCAAGCUUACAGCACUCUGAUGCUUCACAAUGUGAAGGAAGCUUAGGCCUUCCAAGCCAAAUCAGACCAAAAACUCUGCCUCCUCCAGGUCCCAGAGAAGUGGUAAAGGAGGAGUAUGACUCUUUUGUAGGCUCUGGCACACUGCAUGAAAUCAGACGUCUGCUGGGCCGGGCAGAAAGCCUUGUUUCUGGUCGAUCCUCUCAGACUUCCUCCCCUGGCUCACACCGCCUCUCAGAGAGUGACACAUCCCUUGUUUCACUAGGACAAAACAUUCAUGAUGACACAUCUCUGUCAGCUGGUGGAAACCUUUCUUUGCUAUUGACUCACUCUUCAUCAGAUUCAGCUUUGAAAGGAAGCUUGUCAUACUCCCAAGGACCACAACAAAAUGACCUCACAACUAUAGAGCCUACAGCUCUCUCUUUGAGCAGAGAUGAAAGUUUGAAGUCACAUGACCUCUGUGUGACCCCAAGGCGGGCUGAGCCUGAGGGCUGCAGUGCUGCAGACCCAGAUAAGGCAAAGGCACCUACAGCCACAUCUGCCAUGCAGAUAAAUGUUCCUUCGAUACCAGGGAGCCUUCAGCAGAACCAGGACCAGACUGAGGAUGCUUCUAUUGACUCUUCUGAGAGUAAUUUGUCCCAUAUAUCAGCUGAGGUUGAAAGUAUGAGUGACAGUAGCAGCGAGAGUUCAUUGGCUGCCAGAGUUGCCAAACUCCUGCAGAGUGAGUCACCUGUUUCUAUGGUUACAAGCCUGCCAAGCACCAGUGACCCAGAAGAUAGCCGUGCCCGAGAAUGGAUCCUGAUGAAGGUUUCUGGCCGCCGAUGUGAAAGCUUAGAACUAAACGCUGAGGACAGAGAGAGAAUUGAAGACAUCAAAAGAGAACUUCUACUGAACACCAAAUACACCAAGUGGAGCUCAGAUUCUGAGGGCAGUACUCAGUCGAGUGUUGGUCCUGAAUCUCAGCUGACAAAGGGCUUUGUUGGACUGGACAUGGAGAAUCAUAACUCAGAUCAGCUGCAGAAAGUUCAUCCAAAACCUUUGGACAAAGUUCAAGAGGAUCUAGAGGCCAAAGUUCACCAGAUCGCCCUUAGAGAGGGGUUCAGCUCCCAGCCUUUUACUUCUAUUACUAUAGCAACCACUCGCCGCACUCCGUCUCCUCAGUCACCGUCGCAUUGCCCUAUCACUGCUACUGAGGAAUUGGACAAUAUUGUUCCUGACCAUGAGACUCUAGAGAGCACAAGCCAAAUGAGACUUCAGCCAGCUGUUAUACAUAAUGUAUCUGGCAGAGAAAAAGAGACAGCUAGAGAAGAGAAGGAAAGAGAAGAAAUGACUGAUGACAACAAAGAGAACAUUGUUACGAAUGAUCCCCAGAGUAUCCAAAUAAUACCUCACAUGAACUAUACUGUCACAGGCAGUAACCAGAUAUUAUCCAGUGCUGCGUCAGGCUCAACCUUUGGCAAGAAGUCCCACUUCUCACACAUUCAUGACAGCUUAUCACCCAAACACCAGUCCAAUUCAAAUUAUUUAAGCAGACUACCCAGUCAAAACACUAGUGAAGAUGUCCCACCUCCCGUGGUGUCAACCAUGACUGAUGAACAUCUGCAGUCCAUACACCAAAUCCCAACAUCCAAUCAUGCCAGAUCAUAUGAACACAGAGAGCCAGCUCAAGGCCAGUAUGCAGGAAAAGUCUGUGCACACUUACAGUCCAGAUACCCAAAAACCUUUGCUCCCUCUCAGAGGCUGGCUGGAACAUCCAGAACUCUCUCUGUUCAAGCAGCUGUCCCUGCCCUGUUGCCAUACAAACCUCAUGGGAGCUCCAAGCUGUUCUACAUCCCACAAGCUGGUCCAGAGCUUUCUCCUGGUGACUCUGACACAACUGUUGAAAGCUCUCACUCUGGUUCUGAUGAUGCUGUCCCUCCACACUUUAAUACAGAAAUUUUAGGCUCUAGAGAGCUAGAAGACAACAUAAUUACACCAAAACACAAGGAUGGCAUCUACAGUAAGAGGGCCAAUAUGAAGAGAGUUUCCAGUGUGUCUGGAAAGGGUCUUCCAGAAUCAGUAGCCACUUUCGCCGACCAAAAUGAUAAUACUGCUCCUGAAGUGUAUGUUUCUGAAAAGAACAUGGACACUGUUGGCAUAGAUGAGGAAGACAAUUUUGUCCCCUUACACAUGGAGGCAGACUACAGUACAGAUGAUGUGCAUCUUCACAGCAGCACGAUUCAGGAACCCAAGUUUCCACUAGAACCACACCAUUUACCUUCUCAGCCAAUCAGAAAGUCCUACAGGGGGAACAAGAACAAGCAGGACAGAACACCUCAUGAUGUUAGCAGAGAGAUUAGCAGUUCUCUGGACCAGCUGUGGCGUCGCUUCAGUGAAAAAUGGAGCAUGGAGGAGACACGACCAACUAAUGAAGGAGAGACGUCUCUGCUUGAUAGACUAGAACGUCUGUCUCGUCUCAUUCACAAUACCACUCCAAAAGACCAAACUAUACAAGAAGCAGACAGCAGGAAAGGAGAGUAUUACAGGAUGAGUGAUCGAGAGGAUGGGACCACAGAGGGAGGAGAGCAGUUAGAAGUGACUCCACAACAAGCUUGGCCCGAGCAUGAAGAGAGCCAGGAGAGAGUGCAUCGCUGUCCUGCUGAGAGAGAUGAGUCUGCAAGCGUGGAGACAAGCAGUACCCUGUCCACUAUUGACACAGAGCGGCUGCUGAGAGCUUUUGGACCUCACCGGGUCACCAGUAAAGGACUUGAAAGCAGUGACAGCUUGCUCAGACUUUACAACACCAUCAAUAUGCAGAAAACUGGCCGAAGGAAACCCAGUACUAAACAUGCUGCCAUCUCUGUUGCUACCAAUGAUGAGAGCACGGAUGACUCCACAGUCUCUGCUGAUUCUUUAUCAUCUUCAAGCACUUUUUCCCAUCAAAGAGGUAUCUCCAAAAACCUCAAUUCCAAAAGGUCAAAGGUCAAACUGGUCAGCAAAGGUGUACAGGCAGGUGAUUUGGAAAUUGUUAUAAAUGGCACCCGCAGACACACUCGGGACGUAGGCACCAUCUUUCCCUCACCAGGUGCUUUAAAAAAUGUCAGUUUAACAAACACAUUUGGCAGAGGCUUUCAGAGUGGCUUUCCCAUCCCCACUGCUUCCACAUCUAAACCCACCCAAACACAGACUGCUCUGAAGACAGACACCAGCAACAAGAGCAUCCGGAACCGUUACCCAAACGGUGUAUCAUGGUUUGUCUCAGCUGAUGAGCUUACGCAUAAUGGUCGCAAGGAAAACCAGCUACAGAGUGAAUCAGCACCUUGCCCAAGCCAAGCCUGGUUUGAGCCUUACAGUACAGCCAGACCCUGGAGAGAAACCACCAGAGAACCUCUAAGAGAGAGACAGAACCAGCAAGAGUCCAUAACAGCUACUGAGACAGAUAUCAGUGACAAACCCUCAGCUCUUGUUCGAAUUUCACUACAGGAAGCUCUGGAGCUCCAUCGGCCGGAGUUUGUAUCUCGUUCACGGGAGCGGAUGAAGCGUCUUGGGUUGCUUGUUGGAGAGAGGAGGUUACAGGCGGUCUUCAACAGAGAGAGAGAAGAGCUCUUCAAUUUCCCCACACCAUCACGUCCAUACAGACCAGCAGCUCCAGUACCUCGUAAACGAGUCGUGCCAAGAAAAGAGAUGGUCCAAAGAUCUAAAGAUUGGGUAGGGAGGAAAUCACACAGUCAGAGAAUAGACAGGACAGACAGACUCAGGAGGAAAUACGCCCAACUUCCUGAGGUCCAGAAGAGAAGGGAGGAGGAAAGGAGACGGGGGGAGUACCAUUCCUACCGCCUCAACGCUCAACUCUUUAACAAGAAAGUCACCAAUCGUGUGUUGGGAAAGAGAGCACCCUGGCAGUGAGCUAGAAUCGACUCAACAUUUCAAAAAGCCGUACUGUUCAUUGAAUCUGAACAGUACGAAUGUCCUCCGAGUGUUUUAUAUGGGGUGAUAUA